AUGGCACAGCCCCACAUCCUCCUUGUAACAUUUCCCAGUCAAGGCCACAUAAAUCCCUCCCUCCAAUUCGCUAAGCGCCUUAUCGGUCUCGGCACCCUUGUAACUUUUGCUACUAGCAUCUCUGCUUUCAAGCGAAUGGCCAAAACCCCUGAGCGAGAUGGCUUAUCCUUCGCAACCUACUCGGAUGGCUACGACAAUGGAUUCCCUCCGGAUGGCGGCAUGGAUGGCUACAUGGCUGAACUCAAGCGUCGUGGCUCCGAAACUCUUGCUGAUUUAAUUGAAUCAAGUAAGAAAAAGGGUUGCUUUUUUAACUGCGUGGUUUAUACAGUAUUUAUACCAUGGGUAGCAGAGGUGGCGCGUCAACAUCACAUCCCAUCGACACUUCUUUGGAAUCAACCUGCCUUUGUUUUUGAUAUCUACUAUUAUUACUUCAAUGGUUACAAGGAUGUCAUGGAAAAGAGUAUGAAUGAUCCCUCAUUGUCAAUAGAACCCUUCAAGUGCAUACAAUUUCGCAAUCCGGCAUUACAAGUGCAACUACAAAUCCUUAGUGAAGAAACCAAUCCAAAAAUACUUGUAAACACCUUCGACGCUUUGGAACCUGAGGCGUUAAGAGCUAUCGACAAAUUUAAUUUGAUUGGAGCUGGGCCUUUGAUUCCUUCUGCUUUUCUAGAUGGAAAAGAUCCGUCUGAUACUUCUUUUGGAGGAGAUCUUUUUCAAGUUCAUCAAGAGGACGAGUAUGUCAAAUGGCUGAACUCUAAGGAUAAAUCUUCUGUGAUCUAUCUAUCAUUUGGAAGCAUCUAUGUAUUAUCCAAGAGACAAAUGGAGGAGAUUGCUCAUGGCUUGUUAGAUAGCGGCCGCCCGUUCUUAUGGGUUAUCAGAGGAAUGGGAAAGGAAGGAGACAACGAGGAAGAGAAACUGAGCCGGGUCCCCAUGGUGGCAUUUCCUCUAUGGAGUGAUCAAUUGACAAUAGCCAAGCUUAUCCAAGAUGUGUGGAAGACAGGGGUGAGGGUCGCGAAAAAUGAAGAAGGGAUAGUUGAAGGUGAUGAAAUUAAGAGGUGCUUGGAUUCUGUUAUAGAAGAGAAAAGAGAAAGGAUGAGAAAGAACGCCAAAGAAUGGAAGGAUUUAGCAAUGGCAGCUACCAAGAAAGAUGGAUCUUCGGACAACAAUCUUAGAGGAUUUGUAGAUGAUAUUGGAAAAGUUUGUUGCUAG